AUGAAUAUCAACGGCAUCAUUGUUGUCUUGGUCUUGGGUCUCACGGACGUUGCUCUCGGCGGACUUCGAUACCUUGAUAUUAAUUUGGAUCGCGUUGGAAUAGACACCCCAGCUAACUCCAUCAUUGUUGACGGCGGCAGAGCACCAGUUAAUUUCCGUGCACUCAUCACCCCUAAAAAUGGAGCUUCAAACAUCCUGAACCGCUUUACAAGCGAUCGGUACAAACUGGUCGCUUUCCUCGCUACGGGCCAGCAGGGUUCGAAUCCCACUGCUGUGACACCGGGAGUGAUUCCAUCCGCAGACCAACUGAAACCACUGACUGAUGGAAGACAGCUGGUUCUCCCUGACGUUGAUGUUGUGUUUGAUUUGACGAGAGUAGAUUGCUCCAACAAUAAGUUCCCGUAUGCGUGUCUGACCCUCAGCCCAGCGGAUGUCGUUGCCAACCAUUGGCAGCCAAGUACAUCCUCUGCACUCACCAGAUGCGUCUAUAUCACCUGCAAACCAAAACCCGUGAGAGUUGAUCUUGAUUACGUCGAUGUCGACAUACCUCGCGAUGCCAUCAUUGUCGAUGGAGAAAUCGUCGAAUUAUCGCUAUGCGUCUACUUCACUCCCAAAAAUGGCGCCGCCCAGGAGCUCAACUCCCUAGGUUCCAUCGCGAAGUUCAAGCUCACUGCCUUCCUGUCGACCAGUAGCACCGGCGUGGGUAAUACUGCUCAAGUCAUCGGUACAAUCCACAAAAUUGACCAGACUCAGGUACUCACGGACAACAAGCAAGUGUCUUUCUACGACGCUGAGUUCCCAUUCGACUUGAGUAACAUCGACUGCACUGACGGGGCUUACCCGUAUGUGUGCGUCACUCUGUCGCCUGAUGACGGGGUUUCUGGACGUUGGGGGCUGACUGCUAACUCAGUGCGGACUGUAUGCACUCCAAUUAUAUGUCUUGCCCAAGACAACUUCCAAGCACUCCGAGUAUGUGAGGACAACGUCUUCAGUCUUUCGUGCCCAGCGGGUCACGCCAUCCACGUUGCUGAUGCCGUCUACGGUCGCAUCAUACCCGGUAACACCGUUUGCCCAAGUAGCUCCAUCUUGACGACAAAAUGCAGGGCUUCGAACUCUUUGAAGGUUGUACGGGACAAAUGCGAGGGUGAAACGGCGUGUUCCUUCACCACUAACAACGGGGUCUUCGGUGACCCAUGUCCGGGUACCACCAAGUACCUCCAUGCCUUCUACAUCUGUCGCGAUACAGGAAUAGUGAAGACAGUGUGCGAUGGGGCGUGGCUCCAAAUUGACUGCCCAGCCGGUAAAGGAGUCAACAUCCUAGAUGCCAACUUCGGUCGGUACGCAGGCGAGAAUGUCUGCGGGUCUGCCGGGAGCGACGAGUGCAUUACGGAGAACUCGCUUGCCGCCGUGCAUACCAAGUGCCAGGGGAAGAGGUGGUGCAAGGUGCCCGCUACGACUGCCUGGUUCUCAGACUGCUGCUACGGGGGACCAAGAUAUCUCAGAGUCCGGUAUAAAUGUGACUAUCCCAUAAUGGUCUACAAAUCGGUCUGUCAAGGAGGUUCUUUGGGCAUUGAUUGCCCCACUGGGCACAUCAUCAAAAUCGACUACGCCCUCUACGGCCGUGUUCACGGAAGUGCCGUGUGCAACAGCCAACACUUGUUGGACUUCAACUGCAAAGCUGAAAAUGCCCUUUCGAUCGUCAAGAAUAAAUGUGAGAACCAGAGAUGGUGCAGCGUAAAGGCAACCAACUACGUAUUCGGCAACCCGUGCGAAGGUACACACAAGUAUCUAUUCGUACGUUACUACUGUAAGCCGCAUUAGAAAGUAUUGUCACGGGACAAAGAUUCAAGAAUGGUGGCUGUCUUAAAACUGGGACGCGACGACGAGUGAUGUUUUAAUACAAAACAGUUUCUUAAGAUUUACAAGCAAGUCAAUAAUUAUGUGAUAUUUAGAGAUAGUGUAGCAACAAUUUGAAAGGACAAACAUAAGCAAUUUUAAGUGUGACUUAGAUUAUUAAGGACUCCACUGGACUCUAUUGGUAAUUACUCAAAAUAAUUGUUACAAUAAAAACUUACUGAGUAACGAGCAAUGUAGAGCUGAAAAACAUUAUUAUUCAAACGAACAAAGAACAACAAGAAAUAAAAUUCACUUUCGUUUUUAUUAGUGAUUAACAACAUUUUGAAAUUCUGCCUGGUCGUUAACGUUUCUUGUGCAUCUUUUCAAAGCUCGAAUUUUUAUCUUUCUGUAGAAAGAUGUUCUAACUAUUAGUAACAACAGCGUAUAGUUUGUGUUGGAUUGUGCAGGCAGACGAAAAGUAACAACAAGUUGUGAUUUGUGACAGUUAAAUGUAUAUGAUAUUAUUCUACUCAGCCAUGCUACUUUGGUGUAACUAAACGUCAAUAGUUUCCAUUGGAAUAAAAGAUCAAUAAAUGAACACAGCAAUUUAAAUACUUAUAAGACUUGCAUUUUUGUCUUAAAGCAUUGGACACCUUUGGUAAUUGUCAAAGCAGUGUCCUCACUUGGUGUAUCCCAACCCAAUGC